AUGCGACCUCCACGUCUAGUCUUCCUCGCGUUUUGUCUCAUCUUCUUCCCUAUCUUUCUCACCUUCUACUCCGUCCUCACCUCUUCUCCCCGUGUUUCAACGCCUAACUCGCUUGCCGGACAAGCGACAGGAUUACAUUCGCUUUUCUCUUUUAAUCUACCUUCGUCACUCUUUCCUCCAACUGCCAUCAUCAGCCUGACCGAUGAAAACUCGACAUUCUUCCUAGCCAGACCUGCAGCGUUUGGCCCCCUACUUCCGGAGAAAGGGCUGAGUGGUCGGCUAUGGGUUGGCAGUGGGUUUGGGGAGAGGUCGACCGCCUCUGGAAGAGAACUAGGCUGUUCGGAUAUUCCUGGCUGGAGGGAUGGUGAUUCUGAUAUUCCCACCGACGGCCGCGCUGGAAAACCUGGGUCUGACGACAUGGACGUAGGUAUUACGCCGGGUAAAACCCAUGCGGACUUCCUGCAGGGCUCUACAUCUCGCGACGGACAUUCCGUAUCACUAACGCCUAACGACGGCACGGACGACCAUCUUCACCAUCCUCUUCCCGAGUCCGUCGUGGUCGAUACCGCCGAGAAGAACCGUGACUCGUCUCCGUCGCUCAAGAGUGCACAUGCUGACAUACAAUCAUUGCAAGAGACUGCCGAAAUAAGUGGUCAGGUCGUCCUGCUGAGCAGGGGCGGCUGUGGUUUCCUGGAGAAAGUCAAGUGGGCCCAACGGCGCGGGGCUCUUGCGUUGAUUGUGGGAGAUGAUACUCGAGGUGGAAGCCUUGUUACGAUGUAUGCGCGAGGCGAUACCUCAAACGUCACGAUUCCCGCAUUGUUCACGUCAUACACUACAGCCCACCUGCUGUCGUCUCUUGUCCCCCCGCAUGACCGGGAUGAAUCCGUUUCGAUCGACAGCGCAAAAACCGUUAGCGACUCCCAGAUUGAGUCUACUCCAGCAGUCUCUGCUCUAACAACGCCUUCAUCUAUCCAGCAAACUAUGAGUGACGAGAUUGCACCGUCUCCAAGGCCUGGAUUUUUCCAUGAGUUGCUAUCCAUAUUCGGCUUGGGCGGCAGUGAACAAGUCGCAACGCUAGAAGACAACAGGCGACCACCCAGCAGUGGUAAUAUCAACUGGGUUCCAGUGGGACUCUGGGACGACCAGGCAAUAUCCGGAAACGAGGCUGAAGCUGGCGACAAGAGCCACAAAAAUUCACAAUCCGGAACAAGCAGCGACGGGGAUGGUUUUGUCAUUGGCGUACAAGACUGGCGGGAUCCGGAUCUUGUUGCAACAAAAAGCAGUGCCUUACCAGCUGCUACGGCCACCUCUGUGUCGGAAGGAUCAAAGCGCGAUGACAAGGGUGCGACUUCGACGCUUAAAGGCGGUAGCAUAACUCCUGGCAGUGGAGAAUACCACGCUGUGGAGAAAUCAAGUGCUUCUGAAGACAAGUCUCGGAAAACUGAGCGUCGGUCUUCUGCGCUUGGUGGCGCCGGUACAAAGUCGAGGGGCUGGUUUUCUCGACAUUUCCUCGGCGUUAGAGCCGAGGGUUCUGAGCCAAGCAUCCGAAGUGAUGAGAAGAAGCAGCGAGUCUCUCGUGAUACCCGGAGAAAGGAUGUGAAAUCAAAGGAGCAUGAAGGUCUGUGGGUCACCCUUACGCCGACGAGCAUGUCUACCAGCCCAUUCUUCGAUACGCUCCUUGUUUUGGUCGUGAGCCCGCUUCUCACACUGUCUGUUGUCUAUAUCCUUUUGCUACUCCGGUCACGCAUAAGGCGACGACGCUGGCGAGCACCCAAGUCGCUAGUCGAGCGCCUUCCGGUGAGGACAUACCAGACAAUUCCCACCUCAUCUUCCUCAUCUAGCUCCGUGAGAUCCUCCAGCCCUGGGCCUGUUUCCCAAACAUCUCCCCUUCUGGGGUCAAGGAGUUCUACAGACCAUACUCGAUCCCGGCCUCGAUUCCAGAAAGCCGAACCCGACCAAUUCGGGUCGAGGAGGGAAAAGUCUGGCGCAUCUACGACAUGGCGUCGAAAGUACACUGGGCGACAAAUUGAGUGUGUUGUUUGCCUUGAAGAAUAUAUUGAUGGACAGAGCCGCGUGAUGAGCCUACCAUGUGGCCACGAGUUUCACGUGGAGUGCAUUACCCCGUGGCUAACGACUCGCCGCCGGACCUGUCCUAUAUGCAAGGGUGACGUUGUACGGUCUAUGUCGCAGAGCCACCAUGCUGAAACACGAUCUGAACACGACGCUGAAUCACACCGUGGUGGAACCACUGCGCCCGUUCCAAUCAACCCUAUGGGCGAGGAAGGACUAGCGGACCUGGAAAGACGCGUUUCCUCCGACACCGGUAUUGAACGGCACUCUUUGACUCCACCGAGCUGGCGAAACUUUGCAGCUCUCAGUCUGUCUGCCCUCAGCGGGGAUACAAUCUGGCACCAAGGCAGGACUGACAACGACAACUAAUCUCGUCUCUUAAUCAAACUAGAAAUUUCUAUCUCUACAUCUCGGGCCUGGAUGGUGUCUAGCGUUUCUUUGUCUUGAGCGAUUUCAUUAGCGAUCUGCGGAUUGGUUUGGUUGGCGUUGGAGCAGCUCAGACGAUUGUUUAGCUGCAUUCGAGCUGCACUCGAGCUGCGCCCAAGUACUCUUGUUUCUUGAAUUCAUCUAUUGUUAUGACGUGUACAUUAUUGAGUUCCUGCAAAGUGUAGAGUUCAUAGUUGCUGUCAACCAGUAAUGACGUCAGUGUAGCAUAACCGCACCUAGCUCUGAGCUUCAUUGAUCACC